AUGAGACUCUCAUCGACAAUAUUAAGUGCGCUGUCCUGCGGCGUCGUUGCGGUUGAUGUCGCUACAUUAGCAAACAAUGCAUUGCAGCAAGUGUUAGAUAGAAUAUGGCCGGAGCAGCAACAGAUAAAACCAGAUCGGGCGCCUAAUUUUGUCUUUAUUAUCACUGAUGACCAGGAUCUCGAGCUGGACUCGGUGCACUACAUGCCGCUUCUGCAGAAGCAUUUGAAAAAUAAAGGCGCUUUCUUUAAAAAUCAUUUCGUGACUACAGCAUUAUGCUGUCCGUCGCGAGUGAGUCUGUGGACUGGAAAGCAGGCACAUAACACGAAUGUGACUGAUGUCAGUCCGCCAUACGGCGGUUACCCCAAGUUCGUAGAACGCGGGUUCAAUGACGACUUUCUACCUGUAUGGUUACAAAACUCGGGCUACAACACUUUCUACACGGGGAAGCUAUUCAAUUCCCAUACCGUGGACAACUACGACAAACCCUACGUCAAUGGUUUCAACGGAUCAGAUUUUCUGCUAGAUCCAUUCACAUACUCCUAUCUCAAUUCCACAUAUCAGAGAAAUCACGAACCUCCGGUGAGUUAUGAGGGCCAGCAUACGACCGAUGUCAUCACGGACAAGGCUUUAGGGUUUUUAGAGGAUGGACUGGCAGGAGACCAGCCAUUCUUCCUAGUUGUGGCGCCAAUUUCACCGCAUUCGAAUGUGGAUGGGGGAGCGCUGAGCGGCCACCAGGCGCCAACCGUCAUGACGGAGCCAAUUCCAUUGAGUCGCCAUGAGAACCUUUUCGGGGAUGUGAAGGUUCCGCGGAUGGCACAUUUUAAUCCAGAUGAACCCAGUGGCGUGAGCUGGAUUCGUGAUCUUCCCAAGCAAGACGAACCAACAAUGGAAUACAACGAUCAUUUCUACCGCCAAAGACUUCGCGCACUACAAGGAGUCGAUGAAUUGGUAAGAGACAUAAUUACUCGCCUCGAGGAUAGCAAUCAAUUGGACAAUACAUACAUUAUCUACACUUCCGAUAAUGGUUAUCAUAUUGGACAACACAGACUACCACCAGGUAAAACCUGUGGAUUCGAGGAAGAUAUUCGCGUUCCGUUUUUCAUUCGAGGGCCGGGGAUUGCGAAAGGCGUCGCUCAAGACGCGGUCACGACCCAUAUUGACAUUGCGCCGACCUUACUGAAACUUGCCGGUAUUCCGUUGCGGGAUGAUUUGGACGGGACACCGAUGCCUGUUCAUCCUAACGGCAAUGAAACCCGACUUGAACAUGUUACGGUGGAGUACUGGGGGCAAGCAUAUCUCGAGGGAGAGAAGGGGGCUAUUGACGACUCACCAGUAGUCCCGAACAACACCUACAAAUCCGUCCGUUUGAUCGGCGAUGGGUUUGAUUUGUAUUACUCCGUCUGGUGUAAUAACGAGCAUGAGCUUUACGAUCUUACGACUGAUCGCUAUCAACUAAACAAUCUAUACCACGACAUCGACUUUUCUGAGCUGUCGAUUCAAGGAUUUGGACUCUCCAAAAUCAUCAAUCGACUCGACUCUCUUCUCUUAGUCCUGAAAUCAUGCAAAGGCGAUACAUGUAUCCAUCCAUGGAAGAGUCUCCACGCUGACGGCGCGGUAUCCUCCUUCAGGGAUGCUUUGCACUUGAUAUAUGAUGAGUUUUAUCAAUCUCAACACAAAGUUUCAUUCAGUCGCUGCGAGUUAGGGCAGAUCCUGGAUGCAGAGGGACCUCGGGAGCCGCUUGUGUAUCGUCACGGGCUAAGUUGGGCGAUGUGGACUUGA